CGGGGCCAGGCGCCUCCCGCCGUGCCCCGCGGCCGGAAGUGGCACGGGCAAGGGAGACGUGUCGGAGCGGCGGGCCCGGAGCGUGAACCGGGACACCGGGCAGAAGAGUGAGCCGGGAUACCGGGUGUGGGAGCGAUGAUCACGGACGUGCAGCUCGCCAUCUUCGCCAACAUGCUGGGCGUCUCGCUCUUCCUCCUGGUCGUCCUCUACCACUACGUGGCCGUUAACAACCCCAAGAAGCAGGAGUGAGGAGUCCCGGGGAAGCCCCGAUGGCAACGCAGCGCCGCCGCCGCCCGUCCCUCCCUCCCGGGGGCCGCCCCGCGACGCCUCGGCGGGGCCCCGAGAGGAGCGAGGC